AUGCUCACACUUGCAAAAAGUUCUGGUUUUGUCAACUUUGAGGGCUUAUCCUAUAUAUACACCAUGUUACAAUGUUUAUUUGCCAAUUGGAUCUUUGUCGAUGACCUCUAUACUUUUUGCAUGGAUCUGGAAGAAUGUGGUUGUGCUCUGGAUGAAGAUUUGCCUUUAAGCUCCGCGAUUGCUCGUCUAGGAAGUCAAUAUCCACCUGUGACAAGUCGCCUGAGAAUGAAGCUUCUCGAAGUAGUGAAAAAAACUUUGCAUGUCAUUAAAAAGGGGCAAUGGAACAUUUGUGAAUUCUUACUUCAUAUUUUAACUCAAAUGCAAGAUGAAUGCGAUAGAAUUUUGAUUAAACAUGGCCAAAUGAAAACAAACAAAAAGGAACAUGGCAAAAAUCCAGUCAGAGCAAACUUCACUUUUAUUGUAGAGUCGAUUACAAAGUGUCAAAAAUGUUGGUCAGUUGUAAAGAAAGUAGAAGACAAUGUUUAUUUACCCAUAUCAAUACAGUUUCUCAAGCAAGCAAAGCUUCGGUCUGCAAAAUUUUCAAAUCGGUUCACACUGCAGUUGUUACUGAAUGAAUAUUUCAAAACUGCUGAUAUUAUUAAAAAAUGUAAUUAUUGUGGCUUUAUGAGAGCACAAAUAAGUCAAAGAAUCAUCCAGAUUCCAAGAUGUCUCGUUAUAUUCAUUAACCGUUAUUUCUAUGAAUAUGAUGCAAAGAAGGCUGAAGAUAAAGUUGCAAUUUCUCUAUAUAUAACACUUGGAGAUGGAUAUGCUAAGAAUUCAGAUUUCUCUUGUAAAUCUCCGGUUGUUAAGAAAAUUAAUUUUGAAUCGGUUAGACCACUUCAUAGAAAAAUUUUUUCUUCCUUCAUGCAAAAUUCUGGGAGAAUAUUCGAUGGGGCGUCAGGAGACAUUUCUAUUUCAGUCUUUGAAAAGAAAUCGCAAUCGUUUUCAAGUUUGGAGUAUGAUAAAGAAGAAAAUAUUUUUUCUUUGAAAAAGCUACAGAAAAAUUGGGAUAACGAAGAUGUAGAAAACAUGGAUGAUGAUGAAAUUUUCAAUGUAUAUGGUUACCAGCCUGUAUCUUACAAGCCAGUAAGUCAGAUGAGACGAAAUGAAAUUUGUACACAGAUUGGUAUCCAGUUUCGGCGAGAUUGGAUGCAAGUUACUUACUCUGAUAUUAUUUUUAUGGAAGUCUAUACUUUGUGGAGAAAAUCAUCAAUAAGUUCAAUGAACUUGCAUGAUCAACCAGAGUCUGUCAUUAAUCUUGAAGGGAAACAUAGUACUUUAUUCCAAGCUUUAACUUAUUAUUUGUCUGGAGACGUAUAUGAUUUUCGGAAGCUUCGACAAUGCAUAAUCAGAUCCGAGAUAUCAAAUAUUGAGGUUUUACUCAAAAUGAAGAAUUGGAAUGAUCUGGAAUGGAAUAUCCAUAUGGCUGAUUUAAUGGAAAAUAAAAACAGUGAUUUUGACAUAGAAUUAUAUAUCUUUGCUUCAAUGUUUAAUGUUGAUGUGUGGCUUUAUCGUAACAAACGUUGGGUUUGCUACCGCCCCAAAUGGUUGAUAAUCGAUAAUAAGUGCAAAGAACAAAGCAUUCAUGACUAUAAAAUCGGAGAAAAUGAAGGCAUAUAUCUGAACUAUGAAAAUGGAAAUUUUCUUCCAGUUUAUGAACCAAUGGAAUUCAGUACUGAACCAUUGUAUGAGCUGCUUUCAUUGGUCAGUGAUCAUGGACAACGAAUGGAUAGUGGUGAAUGUUGA